AUGGGCUGCUGGGGGGUGCUAUUACUGCUGCUGUUGCAGCUAGUGCUGCUACUGGUGAUGGUGCUGUUGGUGCUGGACCAUCCUAAAGAUGCAGAGUUUCUAAACUGCCCUAUAAGGUUCUACACUGAGAUGGAGUCCAUCUUUGACCAUGCUAUGGCCACCGGUAGGUUUGCACUUGCUUCUAGUGAAGCCCUAGGGGCCAACCAGGCUAAGAGUGUUGCUACUAAGGUAGAGGGUCCUUCCUCUACCCAUGUUCCUGCUGAGAAGAUCCACACUGAUGUAGGAUGCAGCAGCAAAACCAUAGAGCUCCUCUCCUCAGCUGUGGAUGUAAAGAGGAAGAGAGGCACCUUUAGUGAGGAUGAGAUGCUUAUGUUGACCAACAUAUCUGAUGCUAUGAAUAAUGUUGCCAAUGCUCUUAGGGAGACUGGACCAACCCAUGUUGAUGCUGACCUCUACCUUGUUGUGAUGGAGAUGCUUGGUUUUAUUGAGGAGGCAUUGAUAGUGGCCUACACCUACCUACUGGACAACAAGGUCCAAGGCAGGGGCUUUGUUGGCAUGAGUGACAGCCAUAGGGAUAUUUGGCUCAGGAACUACCUAGCCAUGUGGUUCUUGCACAUGUUGGUAACCAUGUGCAUUGAGGGGGUUGACUGUUGA